CCCAGAACAGAGCAAUUACACCCGGCAUAUGAUCAGGGCUCCAUGACAGCCAAACCAGGCAGCACUGACUUGUCCGAGCACUGCGCGUAGCCAGAGCAAUGACCCUAACGGAACAGCACUUCCAGGAGUCUCCUCCACCCCCUUCUGAGGUGGCCAAGGCAGACAUGGACAGCACAGGAGGGAAGGAGAAGGCUGCGCAGCCCUCCACGGCAAGGACUGGAGCGCUGGUGCGCAAGCAGCAAGCAACGGGAAGGCUGAUCAUGCACAGCAUGGCGAUGUUCGGGAGGGAGUUCUGCUAUGCUGUGGAGGCUGCCUUUGUCACGCCAGUGCUGCUCAGUGUAGGGCUGCCCAAGAGCCUGUACAGCCUGGUGUGGCUCAUCAGCCCCAUCCUGGGCUUCGUGCUGCAGCCCGUGGUAGGUUCUGCCAGUGAUCACUGCGCCUGUAGCUGGGGCAGGAGGCGACCUUACAUUCUGGGUCUGGGCAUCAUAAUGCUGGUAGGAAUGGCUUUGUACCUCAAUGGGGACGAGAUGAUCUCAGCUUUCAUCGGUGAGAGAGAGAAGCAACGGACAUGGGCAAUAGUCAUUACCAUGCUGGGAGUAGUGCUUUUUGAUUUUGCAGCUGACUUUAUUGAUGGCCCCAUCAAAGCAUAUUUAUUUGACGUCUGCUCUCAUGAAGAUAAAGAGAAGGGUCUGCAUUAUCAUGCCCUGUUUACAGGCUUAGGAGGAGCACUGGGCUACCUGACAGGUGCUGUGGACUGGGGUGAAACUGUACUAGGAUAUUCCUUGACGUCAGAAUUCCAGGUGAUUUUCCUCUUGUCAGCCUUGGUUUUCCUCAUCUGCCUUAUUGUACAUCUACGCAGUAUUCCUGAAGUCCCACUCAGAUAUGGCAACAAAGAGACAAAGCUCUUGUUGGAAGUGACCGAGCCCUAUAAGUACAGAUCCAUAGAGGAAAUCAAGAAUGGAUACUCGUCAUGUACUGACUUAAAUGCUACGAGUAAGACAAAGAAAGGUACUGAUGCAUCGUGUUCAGAGGCUCAAAGGCGGAUGACACUUAAGUCACUCUUGAAGACUCUUUUAAGCAUGCCAUCCCAUUAUCGCUGUCUGUGUGUGAGCCACCUCUUUGGAUGGAUGGCUUUCAUGUCCAACAUGCUCUUCUUCACGGAUUUCAUGGGGCAGGUUGUGUACCAGGGCAGUCCUUAUGCUUCUCAUAACUCCACACUAUACCAUACCUACAGAAGAGGAGUGGAGGUUGGAUGCUGGGGGCUGUGCAUCAAUGCGAUUGCAUCCUCAGCCUAUUCUUACCUGCAGAAAGUCCUUCUGCCAUACAUAGGAUUAAAGGGACUUUAUUUCAUUGGAUACCUACUUUUUGGAUUAGGCACUGGGUUGAUUGGCUUGUUUCCCAAUGUCUAUUCCACCUUGGUUCUAUGUUCGCUUUUUGGAGUCAUGUCCAGCACUCUGUACACAGUGCCUUUCCAACUCAUUGCAGAGUAUCACAAAGAAGAAGAGGACCUGAAUCUGCAGCAGAAGGAACAAGGCACAGAGCAUGGGAGAGGAAAGGGCAUUGACUGUGCUGCUCUCACCUGCAUGGUCCAGCUGGCACAGAUCAUUCUCGGUGUGGGCCUAGGGCUCUUGGUCAGUGUUGCUGGCAGUGCGGUCACUGUGAUUUCAGCAUCAAUGGUGGCACUGAUUGGCUGCUGCUUUGUUGCUUUCUGUGUUCGAUAUGUGGGGUAAGACUGUGUGAAACAGUUGGAAGACGUAGCCCCAGAAGAUCAGCAGCACUGGUGCUGUUGCCACGCUGAUACUGCUGGUACACCCUCCCCUCUUAACCUGCUUGGAGCAGCUGCAAUUACAGAGCAUCACUUAACCACAAAGUGAAGACUUGGUGAAAUUGGUUGCCUAAUGCCUCAGCUAGAAAGCUUCUCCUUUCUGACUGCUUUAUUACUGCCUUCCUGCUGACCUCAGUGCAUGAACACGCUAUUACACUUGAAGACACAUCUGCCUGUGGUGUCUUGAUGUCCUACAUGAGGAGUCAUUGUGAAACUCAUUAUCAGUUUGUGGAAGUGAAUAGAUGAAGUAUGUGAUGAAUUGAAGGAGUAAUGAACAGCGCUAGGGUUAAACUUUUUUUUUUUCCUUCUCAUUUUUCUGUUAUCUUAAUUUUGGGGAUAUUAUUUUUGAUGGCCUAAAGCUGCAGGAGCAUCAAGCAGGUGUCAGAGGUCACGUGCCAUCAUGUUGUAUGGUUAGUAUGUAGGUCACUCCAAAAGUAAUACCUCCUAUUUAUUUCCAUGAAAGCAGCAACAGAUUCAAAGAGCACAGUAAUACUUUUCGAUAGAGCAAAUUCUCAUCUGCAAAAUGCCACCACUGCCUAUGUAUUUUUGCCAGUGAUGAAAGAAGGCCUGCAUUCACCAGUGGAGAUGACCCACUGUUGCACCUCCCACCACCACGCCAAUAUCCACUGUUUGAUCUCCACAAACAUUCAGCAAGUGUUGAUGAAUGUCAGUGGGUGACAUGUUUUUUCACACAAAAGAAUUCAGUCACACACCUUCGCUUCAUCUGCACUUCCAUGUCAGAUGCCAUUUUGUCAAACUGCCCCUCUGCUGCCAUCUGUUGCAAAGCAACUGGAUGUAGCAGAAUAUUGGUGGGAAGAUUCAGCCUCUGCUGCCAUGGCACCAGCACCCACCUCUGACACUGUGAGCCAAUACCGUAAAAUAGAAAGCAUUACUUUUGAAGCAGCCCUCAUGCUAUUGUUAAAGGGGAUAAGUUACCUCCCUGCUGCCAUGAAAUCCUGUUUGGGUAUGAAAGGUGGCUGGAGUGUAAUAAAAAUAGAAACUUUUUGCUUAAAAGUAUAUCUGUAGAGUAGUUGUUCUAUUGUAUCCUGCUGUAUGUGUAUAAUUGAAAUGACAGCACUGACUGAGCUUGUCAUGAAAGUCUGCCUAAGGCUGCUCUGUGGAUCUUUGUUUAGACACCUGAACAAUCGAUCUACAGGAAACAACUGCCAUUCCUUCACUCUUAAAACUCUACCCUCAUGACUUCAUUUAUAAAUGAAAAAAUAGACUUGGCCAAAAAAAAAGUUACAUUCAUGGUGGUACACCACUCAAAUCUUGACAUUGAAUAUUACAGUAUUUAACUUACCGUAUUUCUCUAUUUUCCAUGCGUGCAUAUAGCUUAGACUGAUUUAUUUUAGUUCUUUACAGGCUACUGUAAAUUAAAUGAAUUCUGCAAAGUCUAUCAUGAAUUAUGUACAGAGAUACCUCUAACUUCUACCAUAAAUCCUGAAGUCUUCUUAUUUGUAUUUAAUUGAGUACUGAGCUUCAUUCCUAUGAAAAUUCUAAGUCCUGUGUCUGUGAAAACGGUAUGCUAUAUUUAUGCUGCAUUUCCUCUGUUCUGGAGAAUGUCAUACCCAUUUGCUACUCCUCGUGAAGGAGUCCACUAAUGCAAUAUCGUUAAUGAAUAGCAAUACAGAGAAAAAUUAUUGCUAGCUAGGAUUUUUUUUUGUUUGCUUUUAAUCACAUGUUGCACAUGUAUGAUCAACACCAUCGUCUCAGAGCUGAUCAGCUCUUAGAGUAGGGACACAUGGUGUAAACAGGCACCACUACACACAAAUGGCUGGAUGUGAGGGAGAGAAGCCUUUGCACAGGUGCACCAACUUUGGCCUUGUUUUUGUUUUCAAAACUGUGGCGAGCCAUUUAUUCUCAGGAAAAAAAAGACAAUUUCUCUUGCAUAAACUUAUAAAAAUUAUAUAUAUGAUAUAUAUACUUACAUAUUAUGUAUAUAAUAACAACCCUGUGGAAGCCUCAGCUGCAUUUUCUUGGUGGUUGCUUUUCCACUGUAGGCCCCAGACGGGGCUCCGUUCCUGGCAGACCUUGCUUUUCUUCACAGCUUCUUCAUCCUGCCUCGUGAAGAAUCUGUGGUUCAUGGCUUUUUCUGCCUUGGGGUUCUUCAUUAACCCCUUUCAUGUUAUACUCAUGGAAUAGAAGAGAUUGCAAGAGUGGGGCAUGGAGCCAUGCUUGAAACAUUCUGUGGGUAUUUUGUGGGCGCUGGGAGCACAAGGGCACAACCAGAACAAAAAACAGGAGAAAUACAGAAAUUGAAGGAUGGUUUUAAUCUCAGUUAACUUACUGCCAUCAUUAUUCCAUCGAUGUGCUAUCUCCCCAAAGGAGGACAUUUUAAGGAAAGAGAAAGUCUAAAAACAGGGAAUGGAGAUGGCCAGGACUACCAGACUCAAAAGCAGCAUGUAGGCCCAUGUUCCAAGAGCUGUAGUUGAGUUACUAUCUUACGCUUGAUUUCUAGAAUGGGUCUGGGAAAAGAACUUGGCAACAUUUACUUACAUCUUUUCCCUGAGGCUUACUGCAACCAGAACAUUGAAAUUCGAAUAGUUGUUGCUAUCUCUGCUCUCCUAUACGAAGUGAAAGCUGGCAUUGAUUCACAUCCACAGAGUGACAGAUCUGUAGCAACAUCAGAAUUGUGAACCUGAGAACAGAACGGAGAUGUCAUUUAACUUAUAUAUCAAUGCUUUCGUUUACAAAUCUGCUCAGAGAAUACUAUUCAAUCAUCCAUAUCAUCGUUCUCAUUAUCUUUCCUUUUAAAAUGAAUUACAAUCUAUAGAACAGACCACAUAAUAAAUUCAGCUUUUCUUUGAAAUUCUUCCUAUAUUUGAUUCUAAGACUUAAGGUAACAUCCAUCUUCAGGUGACUUUGUCAAAAAGUAAGAAAGCAACAACAAAAAAAGUGCAAUUUGAAAAACAGUAUUUAAAGUUGAAGAUUUAUGAAGGUGCUCAUUCUAAAGCCAAAAAUACAUUUGAGAUGUCACUGAAAAUAAUCUAAAAUGUUGCUAAUUUGUGAGAAGGGAGAACAUAGGUAUUUCUUUCAGCACUUGAAAUAUGUUACAGGCACUGAAGAACCUCACUGUGGUGCUAUUAACUCAAGAGCUUCCACCUUUUCAAUCUCUUUCUGUAUUUGUUCAGGACUUGAAUUACCAGUAUAUUCAGUUAUGGCAUUUAAUAUCAGCUUUUAUUGCAGUAAUGUGAGUUUUGAAGUUAGAAGGGACUCAUCUGAUCUUUCUCAUGUAGUUCUGCUCCCGUAUGCAUAAAAUCAAACAAAGAUCUAUGCUGUGUUUAGGCAAAUGAUGUGCCCAGAUGAAGAUGCAGAUGUUUUGCAAUAAUCAAUCCCUCCUCCCUCCCACUUUAACAGAGCUAGUUGUGGUUUAAUGAAAAGAAGCAGGAAACAAAUAUGCCAUCUUAUCUUCCCACCUCUUUCCCUCUUCUUUCUCUUAACAGUGCCUGUCAUUUAUUCCCAUUUAAUAAACUGGCUUGUUACUUACCUGAAAUGUUAGAGAAAGUUUUGAUUCUCUUUAUAGAGUACCUGCAGUAUUAGUAAUGUCGCAGUUUCUUUUUUUCUCCCCCAGUUUUCAUCUUUUCUCAGUGAUUUCAAUAGAUUUCUUUGACUUCUAAACUAGCAAAUUAGGGGGUUUAUGGGCAACACGUUCUCAGUCAUGAAUCAUUAAUAUCUUUGCUUGGUAAAAUUCACAGUUUCAGCACUGGUGCCUGCAACUUGUUACCAGCCCCUGCAAUAUGUCAAAAGACAGGGAGAAAGCAGUGCAUCUAGGUAUGGCAAUGAUGACUUUUGAUAUUUCUGUACUAAAAAAUGAGUUACUUCAUACAGGAAGAAGGUGGAAUUAUCUGUGAUAAAGUGUGUUCAGAUUAUUUUUGUUGCGAUAAAGCUGUAUGAACAUUAUGUACAAACCUUUUCCCUGUACGUUUCCAGCAUUCAUUUCUCAUUCCCUACCUGUUCCUUCUUUAUUCAUUUAAGCAAUGCUUGAAGCUACUUGUGCAAAAUUAAACUCUGAAAAGCAUUUCACAAUUCAGUUCUCUUUAAUGCUUUUUCAGUUUCAUGUCAGCCUGUUUAGUUACUCAAGGUGUAUUUGUUAGUUGUAUUUCAUAAAGCUUUUCCUUGAAAAUUAUUGUAUUUCCCCUUUUCUACUUUCUCGCCUGUACAUUAAAGUAAUGACUUCACAUCAUGUAGAAACAUCCAA